CACUGCUGGGCACUGACUGGCGGCACUGACUGGCACAACCGCUGGGCACUGACUGGCAGCAUUGCUGGGCUGCACUGGUGGGCAGCACUGGUGGGUGGGCACAGGUGGGUGGCACUGGUGGGCACAGGUGGGUGGGCACAGGUAGGUGGCACUUCUGGGCACAGGUGUGUGACACUGCAGAGUGGCACAGGUGGGUGCAUUGCUGGGCACAGGUGGGUGCACUGCUGGGCACAGGUGGGCGGAACUUGUGGGUGGCACUGCUGGGCACCGAUCAUCAGGGCACUGAUCAUCAGUGCCCUGAUGAUCGGUGCCGAUCCUCGCUCUGACAACUGCCGGUUCUCGGCAGUACUUUCCUCACAAUCUGACAGCGUGAGGAAAGUGCAGCCGAGAACCGGCAAUUGC